AUGAGGAUCCACCAGGAAGGCGAAAAUUUAAAUACUAAACUUGGACUUGGAAACAAUAGUCCUAACAGUACACCACCGGCACAUACGCCCCAAACCCGAGUCACGUCGCAGUGGUCGCAGACAAAAUGCAAUUACCUCAAAGCAACGUCCAUCCCCCCGUCUUUCACUCUUAUUCACCCUAAGCAACUGCAACUGCAACGCGCACGUGAAUCAGCCGGACUCCCCGAGAAAAUCUAUCGGCUCGUACGCACUCCCGAUGCCCAAUUCAGCCCGAUUAUACCGCCGUGCGUGCGUCCGCGGUCCUUGCACGUUUGCACUUCGCGCGACUCCCACGAUGCGGAUGCGACGAAAGGCGAGGAAAAUGCGCCGGAGCGAACGUCGUCGAAGACCGGACUGCCGACUGGCGAAGCAGCGAAAGCUCUCAUGUCCUGGCGAUGCGAUGGCACUCCGCCCGAGGCUGAAAAGAGACCGGGGAUCCGGCGAUCCGGUCGUGGUCGGGCCCAAAUGACAGAGCACCGCCGAUCGGAACGGCUAAUGACGGAGCCGUAA